AUGCAUUUCCUCCUCCUCGGCGCCAGUGGACGGACCGGCCAGCACGUCGUAUCUGAAUUACUCUCUCAGGGCCACACAGCGGCAGCUCUUGUGCGUACCUCUGGCAGCCUCACCACUCGUCCUGGCCUCACCAUCGUCAGUGGCUCGCCACUAUCGAAAUCCGACAUACGCAGCGCUCUCCUCGCGGCGCCUCCUCUAUCGCCUUCUGCAGCGAUCAUCACAUUGAACACAGUCCGCAAGUCCGACAGCCCUUUCGCGGCUCAGAUCUCACCUCCUCGCUUCCUGGCCGACUCGUGCGCCAAUGUUUGCGAGGUUCUGGAGCAUGCCGGCAUUUAUCGCGUUGUAGUGAUGUCGACAGCAGGUGUCGGGGAUUCAUGGGGUAACCUACCGUGGUUGAGCAAGGCAUUCUUGGGGUGGACCAACGUCAAGUACGCGCUCGAGGAUCACGGCCUCGUAGAUAAGGAGAUUCGGCUGAGGAAGCUGGAUUGGACUCUUGUGAGGGCUGUGAGGCUGCAAUUCGACGAUCAGAAACCGACCGAUACGAAGACGGACGUGAGAACGCUGGGCAGUAAGGGCGAUGGAAUGAGCUUGACCGACAGCGUGAGUGUUGCUAGUGUGGCAAGCUUCCUGGUCAAGGUUGCGGUCGAAGGACUCUUCGUCCAAAGCGCAGUGGUUGUGGCCAAUUGA